AAGCAGCUGUCAUUGAUCAAAUGUCAAAUAUUGUGUUGCGAGAUGCGAAACAAUUGAAAUUGUUGUGGAAUUUUUACUUUGUUCGGUCAGUUCGCCAGUUAAAUUAAAACAUGAAGAAUUUUCCAGUAUUUGUGUUCCCUGUUUCAUUGGAAUUUUAUUUAAAUGCAAGGCAUACACACAAACAAUUACUGACAGUGUACAAUCCGUACGAUUUCUCAGUUAAUUUUAAAGUGCUAUGUACUUCUCCGAAUAAAUUCACCGUGAUAGAUCCAGAAGGUGUUAUUGCGCCGCAGAGUUGCAUAGAUAUAGUUGUUCGAUACACGCAACCUUCCCUAGCUCAUUGUAAUACAACUGAAAAAUUCAGGAUAACAAUGUAUGAUAGAAAUACUCAGCAGGCUCUGGGUAAAAGAGACAUUCCAACAAAGUUAAUAGAAGGUGAACCUCUUAACACUACUCAAGAAAGUUUUGGAGACAAUUUCCAUCCAAUUACCACCAAAACGCAAGUGAUCAGGCCUACUGAGGAACAUGGGAAAAUUGCUUGUAAUCAUCCUUCACAUCACAGAGAGCAACAGCCAAUAAACGUUGUUGCAGUCGCAGUGAGUAUUUGUUGCAUAGCUGCAUUAUUACUGCCCACCCAUCCUGAGAACAUAACACCAUCACAAUUACCAGACUGGCUCCACAUUGGUUCUAAUCUCAAAUUAGUAUUCUCCUUUGUUUUGGGCCUGGUAAGUAUGCUAGUAUUACGACCGUAAGAUUUUUUUAAACUCCUUCCCAAAAUAUGGGUCUGCAAUAAAAGGUUUUUAAGUAAUUUUAAGGUAUAAUGAACAGCAUUUUGACAUUUUGCCAUAAACCAGACAUCAGGAAUUAUAAUUAAUAUUGAUUAUUAAGUUAUUUGUGCAAUGUACAUUAUGUACACUUAUUGAUCUCCGAACCAUAUACUAAAAAAAUAACAUUACAUAGUAUUCAAAGACAUUAGAUAUAAACAUUUGUGAAGUCUAUAUACAUAUUUCCCCUAUGUCUGUAUUAUAAAAACAUUGCCUGUUCAUAAAAAGCAAUAAUUUAUAUGUUUACCAUAAUUUAACUAACAUUAGCUUUUAUAUACUUUAAAUAUUUUAUAACAAUUGGAUUUUUAAUCUUUACAACAUCUCACUUUUACUAUUCUGUACUAACACAUCAAUUUUGAUUUAAUUUUAUUAUUUUUAGUAAAAAGUAAAGUUAAAAUCUCUGCUUUUAUUAUACAUGACAAUAAUGGCCACACGGUUGUGUUGGUUUUCUCAGUUUUGCAUUUUUUUUAAUUAUUUUUUUUACGUAUCUGGUCAUUAAGUGAUUGUGUUGUCCUAAAUAUUUAAUUUUUACUUUAUUGUAAGGUUUUUUUUUAAGAAAGCUUGGUACUUUGGAAAUUGGUAAAGGGUGCUAAAUUUAUCUUAGUUUUAUUGGAAAAGGUGUGAUAUUUUCUAGUAUUUGUAUAAAAUUACAUGUUUUGUGCCUGUGUUAUUUUAAUUUAUUUUGAGCCAAGGAACUUAACAGUUAAUAACUUUCCAAUGAUAAAAGUAGUUUUAUACAAUGUUUAUUGACAGCUUUAUAAGAUUAUUUUAUAGUUUUAUGAUGUUAAAAUUAAAAAAAAAUAAAAAUCUUCUUAAAUAAUUUCUUUGAGCAGACUAAUACACUAAAUUACUAAUUAGAAUUUAUAACUUAUUGGCCCAUGUAUUUGUCUAUUAAGAAUUUAUGAUUUAUUGCCAUAUAAAAAACUUUUCUUUCUGUAUUAAAUAUGCUUUCUAGAUUGUACAUAUUAGGUUAAAAAUGUUAUGAAUGUACAUUUUUUAAAACCUGUGUAAUG